AUGCUACCGGAGUCAGUGGCCUCAAUGCGUGGAACCUAUCUGGCCACCAGACUAAACGCAGACCGGACCCUGCACACAGUGAUCACACACAACCGUGGUGCCACUUGGAGCCCUCUUAGUAUGCCCAUUAACAUUAAUUCUUCUGUUAUGGCAGUUUGUGAAGAAUCAGGAGCUACAAUACCCACCCUUUCAUCGAAUAUCAGUUCGCCUAACACAGUAAUGAUGAAUGGUACUAAAAGCAUUGAUAACAAAGAAAUUGGAGUCAAUAAUGGCACCCAAUCCAUUACACCAACAAAUGCCACGACAACAAAUCUCAACGGCACAGCACGUGAACUGGGUCGCAUUAGCCAGAUGACGAGCUUUUCACUUGACAAAAUCAGUUUCAUGCUUUCUGAAAAUACUUUUACAACGAAUUCCUCUACCAAAUCAUCUCAAACAAAGGAGAGAAAUACACAGGAAAAACACGGAUUGAUAGAAGAUUCGGUCAGCGUAAAAGUAAGAAAGCCAAAAUCAUUUAUAUAUAUAUAUAUAUAUAUAGUUUAUUCCUUUAGUCUUUUUCUUAGGUUUAUCCCCCCUCACUUUAUUCGGUCAUAG